AUGGCUAAACAAUUAGUUAUUGUAAUCGCAGGAGUCACAUGUGGGGGCAAAACUACUAUUGCCAACCGUCUUACAAACACAUUUAAUGAUAUUUCAAUAUUACAUCAAGAUGAUUUUUACUAUACUAAAUAUGAAGAUCAUUUGGAAAGUAUUCCAGAACUUAAUUACCAUGCUUGGGAUAAAAUAAGUGCCUAUGAUAUGAAUAAAAUGAUGACUGCAAUUGAUUCUCAAACUUCUAACAUUUUAGUGCUUGAAGGAAUUCUUUUACUUGAUGAUAUUAGAAUUUUAAAUUUAGCAGAUUUAACAUUUUUUACUGUUUUGGAUAAAGAAAUUUGCUGGGAUAGACGUGUAGCUAGAACAUAUUUGCCUCCUGAACCACCCGGGUAUUUUGAAAAGUAUGCAUGGCCUGAGUAUGAAAAACAUUUAGAAAUGAUAAAAAAAAAAAAAAACGAUGUUAUAUUUUUAAAUGGUUCUGACAGCAUCGAUUUUAAUACUUCUGUUGUUGUUAAUCACAUCAAUCAACUAGUAUUAAAUUUAAAAUAAUAGUUAGUAUGCAUUUGUUAAUCAAAUUUUUUUUUCAGUUUGUACUUCAUAUUAUUAUAGUUAAAAUGUAAUGUUUAUUUUUAAUCAUACAUUGUUUAAAAACUUGGAAUGUUCAAACAUAUUACAUAAGACAAUGUUUAUUAUAAUACACUUAAGAAUUAUUUUAUCCUUCAUAAUUGUAAUUUGUUAAAUAGACAAUUAUAAUAUUUAUAUUCAAUAAAUCAUUAAUAUAAUAUAUAUACUUAUAUUUGAUAAA